GAACCUUGACUAUAGCCGGAAGCUAAAAAAUGUGUUGGUGACCAUUUAUUGGCUGGGGAAAGCCGCAAACAGCUGUGCGUCCUACAGUGGAACCACCCUGAACCUGAAGGAGUUUGAAGGACUCUUGGCUCAGAUGCGAAAGGAGACUGAUGACAUUGAGAGUCCUAAGCGCAGUAUCCGGGACAGUGGCUAUAUUGACUGCUGGGACUCUGAACGCAGCGACUCUCUCUCUCCUCCUCGCCACGGCCGAGAUGACUCCUUCGACAGCCUGGAUUCUUUUGGCUCCCGCUCCCGGCAGACACCUUCACCAGAUGUAGUUCUCAGGGGAAGCAGUGAUGGAAGAGGAAGCGACUCUGAAUCCGACUUGCCGCACCGGAAGUUGCCGGAUGUGAAGAAAGAUGAUAUGUCUGCACGACGGACUUCCCAUGGCGAGCCGAAGUCUGCAGUGCCUUUUAACCAGUACCUCCCGAACAAAAGCAACCAGACCGCCUAUGUCCCGGCGCCUCUGAGAAAGAAGAAGGUGGAGCGGGAGGAGUACAGGAAGAGCUGGAGCACGGCCACCUCCCCCCUGGGCGGGGAAAGGCCCUUCAGUUAUCCUGAAACAAUAGAGGAGGAGGAGGGGAGUGAAGCAGGGUCUCCUGGUGAAGAUGACCCCAGCAGCCAGACGGCCCUGGAUGGGUGGCUUCACGGUGGGUUAGAACCUCCUCCCAGCCAUGGUGAGGAACAGUCUCCUGAGGUUGUUGCUGCGGUACCGAUUGCCGUUCCUGAAGACAGAGAUGCCGUGGAAAGCCAAAAGCGCCGAAAGCUGGAGCAAGCUGGGAUCAAGGUCAUGCCCGCGGCACAGCGCUUUUCCAGUCAAAAGCAAUCGAGUGACGAGAACGAAGCUACUCGUGAUAUCAUCCUUCGGAAGGAAAACCCUUUCCUGACCCAACAUGGCAGAGACUCAGAGUCAGAAGACGAAGUCGCAUGUCGACUGCCUGACCUUGAGAAAGACGACUUUGCUGCAAGGAGGGCAAGGAUGAACCAGAGCAAGCCACUGGUGCCCCUUAAUCAGCUCCUGUAUGGACCUUACCAAAAAAAAGACGGAGAGAAGGCAGGUGGCAGCAAACGGGUCUCAAAGGGACGGUCAGUCAAGAAAAAUCUGGAGUGUAAAAGAGACCAGGACCAACCUGAAGAGGGGAACACAGUAGUGGCCUGUGUCAUGAGAACUCAGGAGAUUGAACCAAUAGAAACGAAUUUCAGGAGAGCACCGGAUCUUCAGAAGGACGACCUGGCCCAGAGGAGAAUCCGGGGCAGACAGACCCCUCACCAUGAGGCUCUGAGCUUCAUUAAAGUCUCCAGUAUUACAGAAGCUGACCUGGAGACGUGGGAGAGAUUGAAAGUGUCAGGAAAGACAAGGGACGGAGAUGCUCAGAACACCUGUGCCCCUGAGCCCUCACCAGAAAUCAACGCAGAGACGGCCAUCCGAGAUGACUUUGCCAGCCGAAAAGCAAGGGCCUAUAAGAAAGCAUCCAGCCCCAGGCAAAAGUUUGUGCAUUUUGGGCCCGUGACUGAGAUAGACCAACAGACUUGGAAGCGGCUCAGCAUUGGAAAGGCGGGGCCUAGGGACAAUGAGGAGGUUGUCAGUCACAGCAGCAGAAGCCAGACUCUCUCCCGGUUGCCUUCCUCUACUGCUCCUUUUGGCUUAAAGGAAGACCAAAUGCUUAGUCCACAGAAUGACUGCAGGAUAGUGCCGUAUGGCACAGAUGACUGUCUCAAAAAGGUCCCGUGCCUGGCGCCGGUGCCGGAGUCCCAGGAAGAGCAGGUCUGCGUUCAAAUCGACAACCCAAGGACAGAGGAAGUUACACCCACGCAGCUGCCACAGGAUGGCAGAGAACAAAGUGAAGAAGUUAUUCAAAAAGAGCCUGAGAUGCUGCCGAGAGCAGAAAGACCGGAGGAGUGCAGUGGACCCCUAUACGGUCCGAGAACUCCUGUGUCAGAUGACGCAGAGAGCACGAGUAUGUUUGACAUGCGGUGUGAGGAGGAGGCGGCAGCGGUGCUGCCGCACAGCAGGGCCCGCCAGGAGCAGCUGCAGCUGAUAAAUAACCAGCUGAGGGAAGAGGACGACAAAUGGCAAGAUGACCUGGCUCGUUGGAAGAGCCGUAGAAGAAGUGCUUCUCAGGACUUAAUCAAGAAGGAGGAGGAAAGGAAAAAAAUGGAGAAGUUGAUGUCUGGAGAAGACGGGAUAAGCGAACGCAGGAAAAGCAUCAAAACUUACCGAGAGAUUGUCCAAGAAAAAGAGCGGAGAGAGCGGGAACUGCACGAGGCGUAUAAGAACGCUCGGUCACAGGAGGAGGCGGAGGGGAUCCUCCAGCAGUACAUCGAGAGGUUCACCAUCAGUGAGGCUCUGCUCGAACGCUUGGAAAUGCCAAAAAUUCUGGAAAGAAGCCAUUCCACGGAGCCAAACUUGUCCUCCUUCCCGAAUGACCCCAGCCCCAUGAAGUACCUGCGGCAGCAGUCGCUGCCCCCACCCAAGUUCACUGCCACGGUUGAAACGACCAUCGCACGCACCGGCCUCCCAGAGACCAGCGCGGCAGGCGGCAGUGGGUCUCCAAGCAAAACCGUCGCCCCCCAUGCAGUGCCUAUGCUGACACCCAAGCCUUACUCGCAGCCCAAAAGCUCCCAAGAGGUUCUGAAGACUUUUAAGGUAGAUGGGAAAAUCAGCAUGAAUGGAGACAUGGCCCACGGAGAUGAGGAAGAAAAGGAGAAAGAAGGGCCCAUGGCGGAACCGGGCCCCUCCUUAACCAAGUCCCAGGUGUUUGAAGGUGUGGCCACAGUGCAUGGUUCUCCUGUUCAAGUGAAGCAAGGCAGCAGCAGCAUUGAGAUCAACAUCAAGAAGCCAGACUCCGCUCCCCAGGAACCAACAGCAGCCUCUGAUGGAGCUGAGUCAAAUGGCCAAGAGGAUGAGAACGGUGGUGGGAAGUCGGGGACACAGGACGUGGAGCGGUCCUCAGCAGAGCCACGGCAUUUCACCACAACUGUGACCCGAUGCAGCCCGACCGUGGCCUUUGUGGAGUUUUCCUCCAGCCCGCAGAGGAAGGAUGAGGUACCAGAAGAACAAGACCAGAAGAAGCCAGAAAAUGACAUGAGCGGGAAGGUGGAGUUGGUGCUGUCACAGAAGGUGGUAAAGCCAAAAUCCCCAGAACCAGAAGCAACCUUGACGUUUCCAUUUCUCGACAAAAUGCCUGAAACCAACGAACUGCAUUUGCCAAAUCUCAGUUCUCAAGCCGAUUCUCCAAGCAGUGAAAAGUCCCCUGUAACUACACCUUUCAAGUUCUGGGCGUGGGACCCGGAAGAGGAGCGUAGGCGUCAGGAGAAAUGGCAGCGGGAACAAGAGCGUGUGCUCCAGGAGAGGUACCAGAAGGAACAAGAUAAGUUGAAGGAAGAGUGGGAAAAGGCCCAGAAGGAGGUGGAGGAAGAGGAACGCAGGUACUACGAGGAGGAGCGUAAGAUCAUUGAAGACACUGUGGUCCCGUUCACUCUCUCCUCAAGUUCUGCAGACCAGCUGUCUACUUCCUCCUCUGUAACGGAAGGCAGUGGGACACCGAAUAAGAUGGACUUGGAAAUCUGUCAAGACAAAGAAAAAGAGAGAAGACAGAAGCCACCUUUCCAGGAGAACGACAGUGACCCGUUGCUCAAGGCUAGGGAAAGUGGUCCACCAGAGGAGGACAGCAUUAGCAGCCUAACUCAAGGGUCCUCGGCUCACUCUGAAGAGUCCAUGUCAAAAGAAAUCCAUCUGGACCAGCAGCCCGAGGCUGAGGCUGGGGCCCCACACUGUGUUACAAGCCCACAGCUAGCUCAGGAUCCACCUCAGAGUCCUCAGGUAUCAAACCCAUCAUCGUACGUGUCGGAAGAUGUGAAGCCCAAAACCCUGCCCCUGGAUAAAAACGUUAAUCAUCAGAUUGAGUCUCCGGGCGAAAGGCGGAAGUCUAUAAGUGGGAAGAAGCUGUGCUCCUCCUGUGGGCUUGCUUUGGGUAAAGGAGCCGCCAUGAUCAUCGAGACCCUGAAUCUCUACUUUCACAUCCAGUGUUUCAGGUGUGGUAUUUGUAAAGGACAGCUCGGAGAUACAGUGAGUGGGACGGAUGUUAGGAUUCGCAAUGGUCUCCUAAACUGUACCGACUGCUACAUGCGAUCCAGAAGUGCUGGCCAACCUACAACACUGUGAUGUGGUUGGGAGCUUCUGGAUCGCUGAGCAUCACUUUUUUAAGGGUGUCCCUUGGCAACUGCUUAAUUAAACCCCAAGUUCAGGGGCUUCUCAGCAUUCAUCUAAUUUCUGGAAGAUUCUGCUGCAAGGUGGUAUCUGCUCUUUUGUAUAGUAGCACAAUGUUUGUGCUUUUUUCUGGUUGGGGGCUGAUUUUUUUCUGCAUUUGCACAGUAUAUACAAAAGAAUAUUGCAUUGUAAUGAUCCUGAACAGUUAACGGGGGAAAAAAAAAA